UUAAUAAGGGUUGGAAGUGGGACUCCUCUCCUAAAACCCACAUCGCAUUCUCUCGUAUCCUCUCCGCCAUUGUUGAAUUUGUGGAAACUUGGACCUCUUUUCGUUUGCCCUCCUCCAGUGGUUCUUGUUGGGAUGGCGGUCCAAUGCCCUAAAGUCAACUUACCAGUUACAGAAGUGAGCUUUCCUUUGAUGAGGUGCACAAUACCAUGGAGGGCCCACACUCAGAUUAGUUCCACUGCUCAUGGGAGGAGGACAGUGAAGCUCCAAAUUUCUGCUUUGGCUGGUGGUGAUGGCAGUGGCAAGAAAGCAGCGGCACCCAACUCGAAUUACGUUGUACCUUUGGAUAAGUCAUCAUGUAUCACUCGUCCUCUAGCUGAGAUUCUGCGAGACCUCAAUAAGAGGAUCCCUGAUAACAUUAUCAAGACUCAGGACGAUCAUUCCACCUUCAUCCCCUGGUACCAGGCAAACCGCAUGCUGAGCUUUUAUGCCCCAGGUUGGUGUGGUGAAAUUCGGGAUGUCAUUUUUGCUGAGAAUGGAAGUGUGACUGUCGUGUAUCGGGUAACAGUACGUGGUUCGGAUGGAGAGGCACAUCGUGAAUCGACGGGGACAGUUUCAGCCGAGAGUGAGAGUAUUGUAGAUCCAGUUGCUGCGGCAGAGGAAAUAGCUUUUUGUAGAGCAUGCGCCCGUUUCGGUCUUGGUUUGUAUCUUUACCAUGAAGAUUAAUAUCAAGCUUUUGUUUGGGCAUAACUUGUUUUUGUUCAUGUUGUACACGGUGGUCUGAUUGAUAUAUAGACUAUUAUGAUGUUGUAAUGCUUGUAAUCAUUAUGUCUCUAGAUUUUCAUAUUAUGACAACUUUUAAUUUGAUUUAUCCAUAUAGUAAAUAAAAGAAGUAAUCUGAAUUUGCUUAUAUU